CCCGGCAGCAAAACUGUUUUUGGUUUUAAUUCCACUUUAUUCUGCUCCAAUCGACCUGAACAGCAGCACUCGCUCCACCACUGAUCUUCUUCAUCAACUAUUUGAUCUCUGUGUGAUUUCUGUGAAUAAUCCAGGCAUCGACAGCCUGGUUUUAUGGACAACUAGCGACGUGGAGGAUCCAGAUCGCCUGCGAUGGUCGAGUGGUCGGAAAUGUCGAAUACUAAAAAACAAAAACAGGUCUGCAAGUAUUUCCUACAAGGCACCUGCAAGAAAGGCGCGCAGUGCUCGUUUCGCCAUGAGAACUCCACCGACGAGCGCGCAAAGGGCCUGCCCAACAGCAUCUACGACCUGACAGACUCGGACAUCAAAGUGUCCGAUGACGACAAGGCCGAACUCGCGUCGAUGAUGAAGUCGCCGCCCGUAUACUUCUACUCCAGCUACGGACUCUCCAAGUUUGCGCGUAAAGGAAUCAUCAACCAUCGCGACAUCUCGCCCGAGGAAAUGCGCGCUGUGUACUACGAAGCCAAAGACGCCGGCGUCGAGCUGUUCUACUACCAACUAGAAGACCUAGUCCGGCAGGACAUGCUCGAUCUGUUCAAGUUCAUUGCCUCAGACACGACCAAAGCCGCAAGAUACCUGCACAACGAAAACACGCCCGCCUUGCUCGCCAUCAGAUACUUCAAAGGAGACAGAGCAGCUGGCGAGCAACUGAGAAGCGCUCUUGCUGGCGGCGCGGGCGGAUCAGGAUCAGGCCUGGCUAGCAACGGUGGACAGGCGGGUAACGGCGGGCUUCAGACAGGUCCCAACGCCGCCUCGCCGUUUGCUUUUCAGACUCCAAAUCAGAAGCAGCAGCAGCAACAACAACAACAGCAAUCGUCGCCAGCGAUGUUUGGCAACAACAGCGGCAACCAGCAAUCCGCGUUUGGAAACAACAGCAACAGCGCCUCUCCGUUUGCAAACUUUGGGAACAACAACAACAGUGGCAGAAAUUCACCCUUUACCUCAGGAUCGCCCGCAGCAUUUGGCUCGACUACCUUUGGCAGCGCCCCCGCCACGAAACUCCCUCCACCACCGGGCCAGAAUGCGGCGAGCGCGUUCGGGCAGACGUCUGCGUUUGGCGGAUUUGCCAACAAGGCUUCACCUUUCAGCGCUUUAGCUUCAGCAGCCAGUCCCUCGUCCGCUGCUUCUUCGCCAGCUUCGACCCCUGCGUUUGGUCAGACCACGUUCGGGCAGACUCAGCAACAGCAGCAGCAGCAGGCAGCGGCAGCAACUCCUUCACGGCCGUUUGGCAGUGCAUUUGGCAGUGGAAACAGCGGCAGUGCGUUUGGCCAGACCAAUAACAAUAGCAGCGGUAGCGCGUUCGGUUCGUUUGGCCAGCAGAAUAGCACGAGUCAAAACAAUUCACCAUCGACGCAGAGCCAGAGUUCUGCGUUCGGCGGCCAAUUUGGCGGAGCAAACAACAACAAGGCUCCAGCAUUUGGCCAGACCGGAUUCGGACAAUCGCCAGCGUUCGGGGCGCCAUCGGGAUUCGGAUCUGCGCCGGCGUCGAACGCGCUGGCGCCGCCAAAAUCUGCGUUUGGAGCCAACGCGGUGUCGUCUAUGCCAGCGUUUGGCAAGACUGGGUUUGGAAGCGGGAACGGGUCUGCGUCGCCGUUUGGAUCGUUUGCGAGUAAGAAUGAUGGCAGCGGGAGCGGGGGAUCGCCGUUUGCGUCGUUUGCGUCGGGGAAUAAUAGUAGUCCGUUUGCUCAGGACAACAAGGGUACUGCUGCAAACAGCGGUAGUGAGAACAACAACAGCAGCAGCAGCAACAACAACAAUGCACAGCAGAAACCCGCAUCUCCAUUCGCUACAUUCAAUAACAACAACACGAGCGCGUUCGGCAGCACCAACAACAACACCCCUACCCCCAGCAGCAACAGCGCAUUCGGAAACACAAACACCAGCACCAGCAACACGUCUGCGUUCGCGAAUCUGACAGCUCAGUCAAAUGCCAACGCGAGCCCACAAAGCAAGCCAGCUACGCCGGCGUUCGGCAGCGCAGCAGUCGGUGGUCAGAAGGCAGGCGCGUCUGUGUUUGGGUCGUUUGGAAAUACGAAUGCGACGGCGUCGUCGCCAUCGCCGCAGUCGACGUUCGGAGCACAGGCGUCGGGUUCUAGUACGCCAGCGAAGUCUUUGUUUGGAAGUACGAAGAGCGCGUUUGGAUCGCAGGCAGCGUCUCCGGCUGUGUCUACGUCUAUGUCUACGUCUACUGCGAGCCCGAAGACGGCGAAGCCAGCGGAGGUGGCAGCAGGGGCAGCAGGGGUGGCAGCAGGCGAGUACUUUACGCACGCGAUGCAACGAUUCCCACUCUCCGAGGAAAGCUCCAACACCGACUUCCCAGGUCUCCCCGCGCGGCCGCGGACGAUGAUCGAGCAGAUGGUUACACAGUUCGCAGAGCUUGGGCGGACGCCGGUCGCAGCCAACGCGAGGAAUCCGCGGACGGGCAAUUCGGUGUCGAGGCAGAGUUCGGCGGCGGUGUAUUUGCCAGAGAUUAGUGAUCUGACAGAGACGGAGAGGAAAGCGUUUGAGGGGCGGCAGUUUGAGAUUGGGAAGGUGCCGGAGGUGUUGCCGCCUUUGCAGUAUAUAUGAUUAAGAGUGUACAUAGGAUUGAGUUGCAGGCGUUUAGCAUUA